UAUUUAAACAUGGCCUCACUUUCUCUUUAUAUUUGACGUUAUGUGACAUUUUAUUUGAUUGUUUUCGUGCAUGUGGAUAAAUCAAAAAUAUAAUAUAUUUACUUAGUAUUUUCUCAUUAAAAGUUUGUGCAGUUGCAGCUUUGAUUAAUUUGAUAAAUGUGUAAGCUAGUAUCUUGCAAGGUUAUAAUUUAUUAGUGUUAAAAAUAUGGCCAACAAAUUAGGAAAUAAAAAUUUCAAGCAAAGGAACGGAACAGCAAAAACUGGAGGUAUUAAAAGGAGAUUAGCAAAUCGACCAAACAUAAAAACGAAUGUCACCGAUGCUCGUCAAAAAUUAAUACAAAAAAAGAGAAAAAAUGUCAAGGAUGCCCGUGAAGUCUUAUCAAAUUUAGCUAAAAAGCAUGACGCUAGAGAUAGACUAGAAAAAUUAAGAGAAACUAGGGGGGUUGUUCAGACCAAUAGCAGAGUAAGGGCUAUUGGUGCUAACAUUGUACAGACAACAGAUAAAAAUGGAAAAAUAGCACUGGUAACUAAAAAAAGCAAAAGAACUGUUUCUGAUAUUAGUCUUGCUAUUAAACAGCAAUUGGGAAUGUUACCUUCACGAAAGAAAAUAGGUUCAGCUAAAAGAUCUCCACCGAAGUCUCCUAUUAACAAAUUGUCAAAAAAUGUUCCUCCAACUAUAAGAAAAACAAUUUUGAAUGAUAUAAAAUACAAUCCUGAUCCUAUACAUAUAAGUUAUGAUGACUAUCAGAGGGGUUACGGCACCCCUGAAGAUUUAUAUAAAUGGAUCAGACCAACUUCGAGGUCUCUCAACUCUGAAAUGAUGAGUGAAAGAAUGAGAUACACAAGACACAAUAAUCCAGACUGGCCAUAUUUACCACCUUCAUCCAGAAUGCCUAUUGCGCCAACUGCAUAUAUUGAUUUGGAUAAACCAGACGAAGAUGAAGAAAUGCCCUUGGUACCAUACUCUCCAGUUUCAAAUACGAGUUUUAGAGCUAGCAUUUUAUCUCGUCUAGACUCCAACCCUCCACAGCAUCAAUCUCAUGGAAUUUUUGCCAAUCAGACAAAAACAAAAGUUGUUGUGCCAGCUGGACAUAGAAUAGUUGUAUCAAAUUUACAACAGACCGUUACACAAGAUGACAUUCGAGAACUGUUUGAAGACAUUGGUCAACUGUUAGUUGCUCGAUUGGUAAGACCCGGAACGGCUGAAGUAAUUUAUAAAAAUCUCAGAGAUGCUCAAAAAGCAGUUGAUACUUAUCACAAUAGACAGUUGGAUGGACAGCCUAUGAAAUGCUUUUUGGUUAAUAAGAGACCGUUGAACAACCCUACAGGAUCUGCAGUUCAAAACCAGGAAUUAACUUCGCCAACUACUAAAAGAACAACUAUGUCCAAAACAUCGGCGGAGAAGGUUGUUCCUGAUAUUCAAACAAUCCACAAGGUUCUGUUCCGAAGAGGAGAUUAAUCUAUUAUUUUUAAAGUGUAAGAAAUUAAAUAUCCAAGCAAUUUAUCUUUUCUUGUGUCUUUAUUCUUUUAAUCUGUAAUUUAUGUAUUGUUACAUUUCUAUACUUGAUAUUGAUCAUAUUACUAGCUACAAUUUCAGAAAUUGGUGUACUUUUCAUGUAAGUUCGAUUAAUAAAAACACUGAACUAGUUUUAGCACAA